AUGGAAGUGACGAGCUCUCAAGAUGACGGGGAAAAGACGACCAGCAAUAUCUCCCCUGAGCCUGAAAACCCGAGGCUUUCACCAGCUGAAAAGGUGCCCACCGGACCUGACGUGGAAGAAUCCAUGGACGCAAAGAUCGAGAGACUCGGACGCGAGCGGCCCCCGGCAUUCCGGUCCAUGUGGUCUGAGAUCGCAUUCGUGUUCAGCAUCAUCAUGUCCCAGAUCAUCACCGAGUAUUUUGUGUCGGGAUUCAAUGUCCUCCUCCCCACGCUCAUCGAGGAACUCCGCAUCCCCCAAUCAUCCACGGUCUGGCCCGCCACGGCAUUCUCACUGGUGAUUGCGAGCAUGCUUCUGGUCUUUGGCAGGCUUGGUGACAUGUUCGGGGGCUUCCUUGUUUAUGUCGCCGGCUUGCUUUGGCUGCUGAUCUGGAGUAUUGUCUGUGGCUUCAGCACUUCUCCGCUCAUGAUGGAUUUCUGCCGCGCCCUGCAAGGUCUCGGAGCGGCCGCUUAUUUACCGACCGGAGUCAUGUUGAUGGGGAGUGCAUAUCGACCCGGGCCGCGCAAGAACUUGGUCUUCGCACUGUAUGGCACCUUUGCCGUGGUCGGGUUUUUCGUGGGGAUAUUUUGUGCUGGAAUCGUGGGCCAGUUUCUGCGCUGGGGCUGGUUCUUUUGGAUAGGAGCCAUUCUCACCGCCACUACGGCCACCACGUCGAUUCUAUCUAUACCCAAUGAUCGCAAAGAACGGCGCAAGAACAAGAUCCCCAUGGAUUGGCUGGGUGCCAUGACGAUAGUGCCGGGGUUGGUCCUUGUCGUCUUCGCCAUUACCGAAUCAGCACAUGCCGAACGGCGGUGGCAGACGCCUUACAUCCCGACCUUGUUUUGCUUUGGAUGCACCCUUCUUUUGGUUGCAAUAUAUGUGGAAGGGUGGAGAGCCCCGUUCCCACUGUUACCCGGUGAUAUCUUCACCGUACCAUGCAUGGUGCAACUCGUUAUUGCGAUGCUGUUUCUCUACGGCAACAUCGGCGUCCUUUUGCUUUAUGGCACCCUGUAUUUCCAGAACGUCAUGGGCGCCACCCCUAUCCAGGUUGUUGCGUGGUGGACGCCCAUGGUGGUCGGGGGAGUGAUUUUGAGUACCAUGGAAGGGUUCAUCCUGCAUUUGGUGUCGGGUCGCUUGCUCUUGAUGAUCUCAUGCCUUGGGGCAAUUGGGUCGCAGCUCCUGCUUGCUCGAAUUCCCGAGGGUGGCAACUAUUGGGCGUGGAUCUUUCCGGCAUGCAUUCUGGGCACGGUUGGCAUUGAUCUCUCGUAUAAUCUGAUAGCCGUCUUCAUUACCACACAAUUGCCCAAGGCACGACAGGGGCUGGCAGGUGGACUGAUCAACUCGGUGCUGCAGCUGGGUUUCGCUCUGCUUCUGGGCUUCACCGACAUUAUCCAGUCGUAUACGGUGGACGGGUCCGGGCUCAGGCAGAGCUACAAGAACACGUUCUGGUUCGGGGUGGCCUCUGGUAGUGCCGCCCUAGUGCUGGUCACCAUCUGGGGGAAGGUCCCCAAGGCGAAGAGCGACCUUACCGCGGAUGAAAAGCUGGAGCUGCAACGGGAGGCAUCACACAGCAAUCCCAGUGGGAUCCAAUCCCUGCGAUAG